AGUUGUAAACAUGUUUUAUCGUGUCCGAUCAAAAUGUAAACUUGAAAGCGAGAAGUUAUGAGAGCUAUAUAAUACCUGAUAAUACCAAGAGUACAUAAUAGGUACGUGCGUAGUGUACGUGUAUCAAUAUAGCGUUUUAUCACUCAUGGACAUGGCCUCAGUAUCAACUUUCGUUUACCGGCGUCGGCAAAUUAUCACACGUGUGCUGAUCGGAGUGUGUUUCACCCUAUCUGUGAUAACGUUUGUCACACACUCGGACGAUCAUAGCAUUGGCAGAACAUACACUGGCGAGAAUGCUAGUAAUGGUCACGUCCGCGUCCUCUCACCAAUGGGAGGGUCGCCGGCUGGACCAGGAGAGAACGGAAAGAAAGUGCAGUUGAGUAAAGAACAACAACGUAUAGCCGACAGCCAGUUUGAGAAAGAGGCGUUCAAUAUAGUUGCAAGCAACAUGAUUGCUUAUAACAGGUCGCUGCCCGAUGUUAGGGAUCCCAGGUGUCGAAAGUUGCAGUAUUCACGUGAUCUGCCAUCAGCCAGCAUAGUGAUUAUCUUCAUCAAUGAAGCCUGGUCACCCCUCAUGCGCACGUUGUGGAGUGUCGUCAACAGAUCACCACUUCAUCUCUUACAUGAAAUCAUUCUGGUGGAUGACAACAGUGACAGAGCUGAGCUUCGAGCAAGACUAGACGUGUAUAUCAACUCUCACUUCACGAACGUUCGCAUUCUGAGAUCCAAGAAGCGCCUAGGAAUCGCUAGAGCAAGAAUUGCUGGUGCUGAAGCAGCGACAGGAGAGGUGGUUGUAUUCCUGGAAUCCCACAGCGAAGUCAACACAAACUGGCUCCCGCCUCUCCUCACUCGCAUCAAAGAGAAGAAGACGGUGAUCGCCGUGCCUAUGCUCGACGCCAUCGACUCGAACACGAUGGAGUACUCGCCACAAGGGGGCAUUUCCAUCGGCGGCUUCUCCUGGGGGCUGCACUUCACGUGGUUACCGAUCCCGCUUGAGGCAAUACGCAAACGAGUGCACAGCACCGACCCCGUGCCGUCUCCGACUAUGUCAGGUGGAUUCCUGGCCAUCAACAGGCUGUAUUUCUUUGAACUGGGAGCUUAUGACUCUAUGAUGGAGAUUUGGGGUGGUGAAAACCUAGAGUUAUCAUUCAGGGCGUGGAUGUGUGGUGCUUCAGUGGAGCUCAUCCCAUGCUCACGUGUGGGUCACAUGUUCCGCAACGGUCAUCCGUACAGCUUCCCCGAUGGUCGUGACACUCACGCCGUCAACUCAAUGCGGCUGGCUGAGGUCUGGAUGGACGACUACAAGAGGCUGUUCUACAAUCAUCGGCGUGAACUGAAGAGUUCAGUCAACUAUGGUGACAUAUCUGAGCGAAAGAAGCUGCGCGAGAAGCUGGGAUGCAAAACCUUUAAGUGGUACCUAGAGAACGUCUACCCUCAGAAGUUCAUACCUGAUGAGCAUGUGUUUGCACAUGGAAAGAUCAUCAAUAAGGGAAGUCGCUUAUGCAUUGACACAUUGGGGAAUGAUGAGCGGGACAGUCCUAUACUCGGUCUCUUCCCCUGUGAGCAGAGCAGUGAGAACCAGGCGUUUUCUGUGAGUGAGCAGUCGGAGAUAAGGAAGGAGGACUAUUGCUUUGACGUCUCAACACGAAAUGAAACUGUUCCUGUGAAAUUGUUUGAUUGUCACGGAGCCGGGGGAAACCAAGUGUGGGAAUUCAAACUGAAUGGUGUAAUCGUCCACAAACUUACGGGAAAGUGUCUAGACAGUGCUGUGCCAGAGCCCCCUACUGGUGAGCUACGGAUAGGGCCGUGCACGGGCUCAGCGACACAGGAGUGGAUAAUUGAGAAUCCUUCUACAGAGUUUAAGAGAAUGCUGAUACAUCGGUGACCGACUACAGUGUGACUCUUUAGCGUUGGAACCGUGAUACCAAACGAAAGUUGGAAGGUUUUUCCCACGUCUUGCAGCUAACAUCUGCCUGUGUUGUCAUGGCGGCACAACAAACGCUGCGCCUGGUGUCUAUAUUUUUAAUGUAAGACUUGCGGGACUUUGGUGCUUAGACAUUAUAUGAUUUUAAGACAAUAAUCACAGACAACUUAAUACGUCACUCACUCUAGUAACGCUCUCAACUCAGAUAAACUAACAAUUUUUAACUAUUUGUGCUAGGUAGCUGUCUGAGUAAGUGUGCAUGAUAGGUCGCUGUGGUGUGAUGUGGCUACUCUCAGGUAUAUGGUGAUUGUGUGGUCAUGGUUAGCAUAAUAAAUUAGUACUGAUGUCAUUCACAUGCACAUAAGAAAUCGGUCGUGAACGUUUUGGGCAUGCCUGCGCUGGGCUGCGCACCGUGUGGUGUGGGGCCAGCCAACAUUAGAAUCUUAUACAUGAACAUUACCCUUUUUUGGCUAUUUAACAUUUAUUGGUUUCAGCAACCUUACAUAGCAGGUUCUGUGGUGGGUGAUUUGACAGGCCAUGAUAUUUAUCUUUGUUGUUCAGAGUUAAGUUAAUUGAGCAUGAAAUCCUAGAUGGAAGAUAUUGUGAUUGGGUAGAGAAGAUGCCAGCGAAAGUUCAGUUCAUGAGCAGGAGGUUCUAAAAUAAUAUGAUAGUAUAUCAGUGUAUACUUUCACUCAAUGCCAACAACUUUAUAUGCAUGAAUUUUUAGCUGUUCAUUUCUAUCAAGUGAUAGCAUUUUUGUGCUUCCAAUUGCUUCACCUGUGUUUUGUCCUGUUGUUUAUGUGUCAGGUGAAAUGACACUAAAGCCCACCCUAUCUGACGGCAGCAGCCAUUUGUAUAUAAUGGAUGUAUGUAGUAGCCUAGUAUUGCAUUUAGAUUUCUCAUAUGUAAAUUCUUUAUCAAAUGACUAGAAUCUCGGCAACUUUCUCUUGACCCUCACAUUCAGUAAAGCUUUAAGGUUAGUUUGUUGAACGAGAUUUGCAUACAUUGCAAGGUUUGUGUGAGUUUGGAUAUUAUGGGAGUUUUGUGAGUUGUGAAAGUUUGGGAGUUGCUCAUAGUGUGGUGACAUUCUCUGACAUAAGUUUUUAUUUUUACCGUUUAUACAAGAAGGUGGGGGUUUGUUUUGUUUACGACUGCUGUGAUAAUUAGCAAUUUUAUACAAGCGUAAGCUACGUGUUGGAUAUAUUAAAGUAUUGUAUAGUAUGA